UGGUGCAAAAGUUCAGCCAAAAAGAACAGACCUAUAGUUCAGUCCUUCAGUGGUGCGGACCAUGCGGACCUUUUAAAUAGGGCCACUGACAUAAUUUUUACAAAAAUAGAAGAAAUUGUUUGAAUGUUUUUUGGAAUAAACGGAGAGUAAAAAGAAAAAGAAGACAAUCAUAAUGAAAACACAGAAGUGGGAGGAGUUAGAUGUGGGACUGAGUGAUUCUGUAUUGACAACACUCAAACAGUUGGGAUUUUUCAAUAUGACGCCUGUUCAGGCAACUUGCAUACCUUUAUUAUUAAAUGGUAAAGAUGUUGCGGCAGAAGCAGUUACAGGCAGUGGCAAGACACUCGCUUUCCUUAUUCCUCUAUUGGAGAUGUUACAAAAACGAAAUGAAAAAUGGAAGACUAUGGAAGUGGGAGCAAUAAUAGUCAGUCCUACAAGAGAAUUGGCUAUACAAAUUAGUGAAAUUCUAGAAGAGUUCUUAAAAAGAAUUCCAUUGUUAAAGCAAGUAUUACUGGUUGGUGGUGUGACGCUUCAGAAAGAUGCAGAAAAGUUGAAGAAAGGAGCAAAUAUUAUUGUUGCCACACCUGGUAGAUUGAAAGAUAUCUUGUCUAAUUACAUCAAUUUGGGCCUGUAUAUAAAAUCUUUGGAAUUUCUUGUAUUAGAUGAGGCAGAUAGAUUAUUAGACUUGGGAUUCUCGGCGACUUUAGAUAGUAUUUUAAGCUAUUUGCCACGUCUUAGAAGAACAGGAUUAUUUUCUGCAACACAGACGAAAGAGCUGCAGCAAUUGAUCAGAGCGGGACUGAGAAAUCCAGCUUUGAUUGUUGUGAAAGAAAAGUCUAAUGUUUCCACGCCUGUAAAUUUAAAAAAUAGUUUUACAAUUGUUCAGCUUGAAUAUAAGUUGCCAGUAAUGAUAGAUUUUAUACGUUCAGUAGGAUUUAAAACAAAGUAUAUGAUAUUUUUACCUACCUGCGCGUGUGUGGAUUAUUUCAGUCGGGUUAUACAGGCGUAAGGGCAUAAUUGAAAAAUAUUAAAUAUUAAACAAAAUAUUUUAUAUUUGCUGC